UCGUGACUGACCUCUUUGUGUUCACUCAUGUAUAGAGCAGAACAAUCUGUAUUUGUAUUUGUAUUUGUACAUGUACAGUACACAGUUGGUUAGGAUACAAAGCUUGUUUUAAAUGCAGCCAUGCAUUUUAUGGGUCCCAUCAUCAGACAAGUUCUCUUCAAAUCGUGACUCAUCCUGAGGCCCCCCAGUCAGGACUCAGAAUGGCCACCUCAGGGAUUAGGUUCAUUGCUGCUGUUCUCUGCAUGUCCUUAUGUCUCCUCGGCAUCACUGCUCUUCUGCCAGGUCCUAAAUGUGGUUUUCCUCAAGUGAAGAGCCUGCUCGACAGCUCGUUAAGAAUCGUUGGAGGAACAGAAGCUUUGCAUGGAUCCCAUCCUUGGCUGGUAUCUUUAAGGUCUAAGGGCUUGCAUUUCUGUGGGGCGUCCAUCCUCACGGACCGCUGGCUAUUAACAGCUGCCCACUGCCUCUACAGCGUGUCAGACGAUAUUCUUCAAAAUGUCAGCGCUGUGAUUGGGGAGCAUGAUCAGAGGGUGGCGGAUAGAGGGGAACAGAUGUUCAGACUCAAAACCAUCAGAAUCCAUGAAAAGUACCAGCCCAUCUCUCCAAUGAACUAUGACAUUGCCCUGUUGGAAGUGGAUGGAUUAAUUCAGUUUGACGAACAUGUUCAGCCAUUGUGCUUACCUCUGCCCAGUGAGAAGUUCCCAGCCAGCACCAGCUGCAUCGUUGGCGGAUGGGGCCGCAUAAGAGAGCGUGGCCGUCUUCCAGCUGUUCUCCGUGAAGUGAUGCUUGACCUUGUGGAGCCAGGCCGUUGCAGGCAGGCCCUCCGCACACUAAGGCCCAGGCAGCUGCCCCUCACUGUGGUGUGUGCUGGACCAGAUGGAGGAGGUCGAGAUGCUUGCCAGGGAGACUCUGGGAGUCCCUUGAUCUGCCCCAGAGAGGACGGGCACUGGGCUGUAGUCGGGGUGACCUCAUGGGGUAAAGGGUGUGGACGCAGCUGGGUUGACAACUUGCUCAAGCCCCCAAACAAGAGAGGAUCACCUGGAGUGUUCACUGAUGUCAAAGUGUUCUUGUCAUGGAUCAAGAGAAUCCUUAAAGAAACACGUGUCAAAUCAGUGUCCCCUCCAAGGUUGUGUCAUGUGAUUGAUGGGCCUUUGACUGAAAAUCAAGGUGUAAUUAACAAUCCAGAUAAGCCUGCCAACAAUUAUGCAAACAAUGAAAUAUGUUCAUGGUCCAUCAGUGUUGCUGCUGGAAGUCACAUUCUGCUGGAGUUCUUGGAGUUUGACUUAGAGAAUGACACUCUCUGUCACAGUGAUCAGGUCACAGUGUUUGGCGGUGCCAACAGGGUCAUUGGCAAGUUCUGUGGGAGCCAUCUCCCCGAGCCUGUGCUGAUCACCUCCAGCAGUGCUGCCAUACAGUUUGUGUCUGAUGCCAGUGGCACAAGAGCUGGCUUUUCCAUCCAAUACAAAACUGUGGCUGAAGAUUUUCAACUUGCAGGGCCAGGAUGUGGCACGGUGGCGUUGUUCCAGGCACAGGAGGCCAUCCGAAGUCCCCGCUACCCAGAGGCCUACGGUAACAACGCGGACUGCCGCUGGGUCAUCCACGCCCCCAAGGGACAUGUCGUCAAGCUCGACUUCCACGAUUUUGACUUGGAGCAGUCGGAGCAUUGCCAAUAUGACUCCCUGAAAAUAUUGGGAGAUAUUGAUGGAAAACAAGAAAUUGUGGUGCUUUGUGGUGGGACUGUACCUCCGCCAGUCCUGAGCUAUGACAGCAUGAUGGUACUCCACCUCAUCUCUGACAGCAGCAUAACAGCCCGUGGAUUCCAUGCCAUACCGACGUUCAUCAAACUAUCAGAUCUCCAGGAAGUGGGGUCAAGAGAACUGGAGGACGAAUCAGAUGGCGCCUCAACCCACUCUCGCUACACACAGACAGGUUUAUGUGGAAUGCCACACUCUCUUGCUGGCUCAGAGCAGGGAGGACUGGAAGAGGGAGAGGGCACCUCACUGCAGCACUGGCCCUGGGACGCCCGACUCCAUCUGGACACUGAGGUCAUCUGUUUGGGUGCCAUCAUCCAGCCUGACUGGAUCCUCACAGCUGCCCACUGUGUCCAUGGCCUGGAUGAGGAAAUACCUGCUUUGACUGUGGAGACUGGUGACCCAGACAGCCAAAGUCGGAGGGUGAGGAAAGUACUUGUUCACCCCCAGUAUAACUCCUUCUCUCUGGACUCUGAUGUAGCUCUCCUGCACUUGGACUCUGACAUCGCACUCACUAACCACACACAGCUUGUAUGCCUGCCCACCCACCCACAGGAGGGCUCAUUCACUCUCGACUGCAAAGUUUCCUUGGAAAACAGGCGUGUUGGCACCCUAAGGAACAACGCUUCCCAGUCGGUAGAGGUGGAACAUGCAGCUUGUGAACACUACUAUCCUGGCAGGCUGACGGACACAAUGCUAUGUGCUGAGCACAAAGAGCUGAAUCGUUAUGGUUCCUGCAUGGGCCAUGCUGGAGCCCCCUUGGUAUGCCGAACAAACAACUCCAAUUUCUUUGUCCAAGGAGUGGCCAGCUGGAGAGAGGGGUGCGGAAAGUUUCCCAGGCCUGCGGUUUAUUCCUCCGUGCUGCCUGUCAUGGACUGGAUUCUGGAGCAGCUUGAUGCGACUUUGGAUUCAGCCCUUGAGGAAUACCAAGACGAAAAGGAUUUUAGGACCGAGUCAUCUGAGGACUUUUAUUGAAUCAUGUCAACUGCAUGUUAUCAUCACCACCCACCAUACACAGCUUGGUGCUAUUAAAACAUGAUCAGUA